UCUCAAAUAUCAAAUAAACAACACCACUAGUCGUACUUUGGAAAGUCUUAUGAGAAAAAAAAAAAAAGUAUUUGGUUGUUUGCCUGAGAAAUAGCUGCUUCAUUUUUCCGUGCCGUGUGUUUCUGGGUGUACAGAAAAUGGCUCAGCUUUUAGCAGGACCUUCUGCUGUGAUUUCCCUUUUAUUUACUCUGACAGCAGCUGUUCCCGUAAAGCCUCGUCAAUCACCCUACAAUGUCGUGAUGGUGAUGAGUGAUGCUUUUGAUGGAAGAUUAACUAUUUUUCCAGAAAACAAUCUUGUGUCUCUUCCUUACUUAAACUUCAUGAAGAAUCAUGGAGCAGUGUUUCUGAAUGCGUACACCAACUCACCUAUCUGUUGUCCAUCACGAGCAGCCAUGUGGAGUGGACUUUUCCCACAUUUAACUGAAUCAUGGAAUAACUUCAAGUGUCUUGAUCAAGAUUACCCAACGUGGAUGGAUAUUGUGAAUAAAUAUGGAUAUGUUACUAAAAAAAUUGGAAAACAAGAUUAUAGAAGUGGAUCUCAUUCACUUAGUAACCGUGUGGAAGCCUGGACAAGGGAUGUUCCAUUUCUACUCAGACAAGAAGGAAGGCCAGUUGCAAAUAUUACUGGCAACAAGACAAAGACAAGAGUAAUGGAGCAGGACUGGCAGAAUACUGAUAUAGCUGCAAACUGGAUAAGAAAUGAAGCCAAGAAUCUUUCAAAUCCCUUUUUUCUCUAUCUGGGUUUAAAUUUACCCCACCCAUAUCCUUCUAAGAAUAUGGGGGAGAAUUUUGGAUCAUCAACAUUUCUAACAUCACCUUACUGGCUUCAAAAGGUAUCAUAUGGGCAAAUUAAGAUCCCCACAUGGCUUCCAUUACAGUGUAUGCAUCCUGUUGAUUAUUACUCAUCGUAUACUAAGAACUGUACAGGACAUUUUACUGAACAGGAGAUCAGAGGUAUACGAGCCUGCUAUUAUGCAAUGUGUGCUGAGACAGAUGGCAUACUUGGAGAGAUUAUUUCUGCACUUAAUGAUACAGGGCUUCUAAAUAAAACGUAUCUGGUGUUUACUUCCGACCACGGAGAGCUUGCCAUGGAGCAUCGACAGUUUUACAAAAUGAGCAUGUUUGAAGGAAGCUCUCACAUUCCUCUUUUAAUGAUGGGACCCAAAAUAAAGCCCAAAACUGAAAUAUCAAAUAUAGUAUCUCUUGUGGAUCUUUAUCCCACAAUGCUAGAAAUAGCCGGAGUUCAAAUCACUCAGAAUCUAAGUGGCUUCUCUCUAAUGCCAUUAUUGUCUGCAAAGCCAGAGGGGCAUGUUUUUUCGUCCAGCAAAUCGCAUCCAAACUGGGCACUGAGUGAAUUUCAUGGUUGUGAUGCAAAUGCUUCAACCUACAUGCUUCGAGAUAAUGACUGGAAAUACAUUGCUUACUCAGAUGGUGAUUCGGUUCCUCCUCAGCUCUUUGAUUUGUCAACUGACCCUGAUGAACUAAAUAAUGUUGCUGCCCAAUUUCCUAAAAUUGUUCUCUCCAUGAAGAAGAAUCUUCGCUCCAUUGUAGAUUACAAGAAAGUCUCUGCUUCUGUGCAUCACUACAACAGGCAGCAGUUUGCAAAUUGGAAAGAAAGUUUAGGACUUAACUACUCAAAUGUAAUUUCCAACUUACGGUGGCAUUUAGACUGGAACAAAAGACCAAAGUUCUAUGAAAUGACAAUUGAAAAGUGGCUUAAAAAUACAUUGUGACAUUAAGUUCAUGUCAGAAGACUAAAUCAUAUCAUGUGUAAUGUGCCUUGCUAUUAACUAGUGUUAUACAUGCUUGUGAUCAUAUGCUGGAAUACAUAUAUAUUAUACUGAACUGCCUAUAUAUAAAAUAUUCACUGGUAAGUAAAAUUA